AUGCCUCUACGAAAACCUAAACCUAAAAAGGCAGUUGAAAAGCCUGAUGCUCCACCUGGGCCUCCCAGUUCCAUUACAGAUGCUGAUGAAAUUCCUAUUGGUAAAGGAUCAUAUACAUAUAACAUGGACCAAUGGGAUGAUCCCAACUUUAAUCCCUUCUCUUCCAAUAUGAAAAUACAGGAUCCACCACACACUACUCAAGAAUCACCUGAACCGUGCAAACCCAUUGUUCAGAGAUCAGAGUCGCCUGCAAAAAUACCAGCUUCCUUUGAGAUUCCAACAAACGAUGCCGAACAGAAUGGGGAGAGCAAUAAACCAGCCAAGAAGAAGAAGACUCCGUUAAAAACGGUGAAGAAGUCACCAAAACGCUCCCCGGUUACUGAAAAUGGCUCUGAGGAGCUGACAGUACUCUCCAAGUCAGACACCCUCCCUGUGAUAGCCUCUGAAGAUCACGCCACUGAUGAGGAGAAGCUAGCCUCUUCUGUUGGUAGCCAGAAGUGGACCUGCAUGGCAGUGGAUUUGGAACCAGACAAACAAGACUAUCCCCAACCAUCUGACCUGACCAGCUUUGUCAAUGAGAAUCAGUUUCAUUCUUCCACAGAUGAUAUAGAUUUUGGAAGCUCAUACAGCAUUGAAUACAUGGAGAAAACCGGCAAAUGCUCUCCACUCCGGGAUGUGCCUCAGCCCCAGUCUCUGUACCUCAUGUUUGAAGCAUCACAGGACAGCCCAGGAAAAUCUCCUGCCAAGUUUUCAGAGUCUUGCACCCCAGGGACGGACUUUGAUACAAUGGAGUCUAAUAUAUGCUCAGGACAGCUGCCCCUCUCCAGAUCCCCACCCAUUAUGCAGGACAGUACACGGCAAGCCCUGGAGAGGUCCCGGCCCAGAGAUGAUGAGCCAGAGGUGAUUGGGAGUGGAAAAAUGGAACUGGGCUCUCCUGAUGAUGAAUAUGUACCUUCUGAAGCAUUAUUGUCAAGGAUCGCACAUCACAAUACUCUCUGUGACCAGCUGAGUUACCUAGAGCCGGAUCUAGCAGAGAAGAACCCACAAGCAUUUGCCCAAAAAUUACAGGAGGAUGGAGCAGCGGCAAGCAAGGAGGAUUCUGAGGCAUUGGACCCAAGUGAUGUAGGCCUCUCGCAUAAGUCGCUUUAUUCGCGGUCAGUGGCUAUGGAGACAGCUGGAGGUGGCCAUUUACAUACCUAUCAACAGUCUGACCUUGAAGCAGCUCUUCAGCUUGCCAGGGAAGAGAUUGCAGCCAAGGAUAGAGAAGUAACAGACUGGAAGAAGAAGUAUGAAGAAAGUCGCUGUGAGGUGGUGGAAAUGAGAAAAAUUGUUGCAGAAUAUGAACAAACAAUUGCACAGAUGAUUGGAACAGAGGAUGAGCAGAGAGAGAAAUCCAUGUCACACCAUACAGUACAACAGCUGAUUAUGGAAAAAGAACAAGCACUCUCUGACUUGAAUUCAGUGGAAAAGUCACUUGCAGAUCUCUUUCGAAGAUACGAGAAGAUGAAAGAUGUGCUGGAAGGCUUCCGGAAGAAUGAAGAGGUGCUGAAGAAGUGCGCUCAGGAAUAUCUGGCACGAGUGAAGAAAGAGGAACAGCGGUACCAUGCUCUGAAAAUUCAUGCUGAGGAAAAACUGGACAGGGCUAAUUCAGAUAUUGCCCAGGUGCGUGGCAAGUCUCAGCAGGAACAGGCAGCAUACCAAGCCAGUCUGAGGAAGGAACAGCUCAGAGUCGAUGCUUUGGAGAGGACCCUGGAACAAAAGAAUAAAGAGAUUGAAGAGCUCACCAAGAUUUGUGAUGAACUUAUUGCUAAAAUGGGAAAGAGUUAA